AUGGACCAGCACGACGCAUUCUCACCCAAGACGGGCGCUGCUCACGCUUCAAAGGCAUAUGCGUCGCCGGCCGCCUACCCGGCCGCCACAUCGCACUACGCCGCAGUAGGGAACGUGCGGCCCAGCUAUUCCUACAUGCACCCGGACCACCACGGGACCGCCGGCUCGUCGGCAGUGGGGAGGGGCGGGGCAUUUGGGGAUGGUGCGGCCCGUGCUGCUGGUGAGGGAGGCAGGGGCGUGAUGCUCAAGGGGCUGCGCACCAACGAGGAAAUAGCGCUCGUGUCGGGGCUGCUCAUCAUCCUGGCACUCGUGAGCGCAUGGUGCAAGCGAAAGGCUGACACACACACGUGUACAUGGCCUUUUGUGUGUGUGUGUGUGUGUGUGCGUGUUGUCUGUAUGUCAGCUGGUGAUUUGGAACGCAUCUGCGUUGGAGCGGUCGUACAAUUUCACCUUCUGGGUGGGUCAGGAGCUGCCCAUAACGAUGCUGGUGCUGUUUACCAUGUUCCUGGCCUUCUAUAUCGUCACCAUGAUCGUGAGUCCGACUGAAAGAAUGGCGGGCAGUGCAGUGAGUGCACAUGGGAUGGAUGGAUGGAGGAAAGGGAGGGACGUGUGUGCUGUGCUGUGCUGUGUGCAGAUAAUCUUCAAGACGACCAAUUUUCUGCAUCGCAAUGACCACACCAUGAUGCUCGUGGCGGUGAGUAUAUAGAAGCUUACACAGAGGGCUCGUUCGUUUGCCGAUGCUUCGCUAAUUUGGGUGUGGUGCAGCUGGUGUUUGCUACGUUGUUCGGCCUGGUGCUCAUAUACACGAGCAUGCCCAUUGGCCGGCUGGUGAGUACAGUACUCGGCUGUACGUCUGUCUGCAGUGCGUGUGAAUCUAUGCUCUUUCGUGUGUGUGUGUGUGUGUGUGUGUUGCAGUCGAUGGACACGUACAACAAUCUGAUGUUCCGCUGCGACUUCUCCGACCAAACCGUGGGCAGCUCACAAUACAUCACAUACACACAUACAUCAUGAUGCACACAGCGACAGCGUUGAUGCAUUCCUCUUCCUCUGCUACUUCCAUCUCUGCUCUGCUCGCAUCGCAGUCGAAGGUCCACCAGACAUGGCAGGGUGAGCCACCAAGACACAUAAUUUACACGCUUGUUUGCGGCCAUGUCUGCCUAUCUGCGCCGCGUCAGUUCUCUACAAUAUCCGGAAGCAGCCCGAGUGCGGCCGCCAACACUCGAUAGAAGACUGCACCGAACAAGGCAAUCACACAAGAACAUACAACCACACAAACACAUACACUGCCCUUCCUACCAGGUUUCGAGCAAACGGCCGAGACGGAGUUCCUCAAGCGCAUUGAGGACGAUUUCCGCCGCUCGGGCUUCUGCUGGCCGACCGAGAGCAAGACGGCCACACAGGUCGCCCAGGGCCUGGCGCCGUCAGAGACACUGCAGAGCGUCAGCGAGAAGGCCGCACAGCCCGCAGAGGGGACACUCAUGGUGCAGACCAACAGCACCAUUGCCCGGGACAAGCGGCAUCAUGGCCACCAUGUGCACAAGAAGAGACACGUCAAGGGGGGGAAGCGAGAGAGAGAGGGCGGGGGGGCAAUAAUUAUUGCGGCAGACACGGCUGAGAGAACUCAUGUGAGAGGAGAGGAGGGGCAGACGCCGACACCGCCAGCACACCGACACUGUUCUCCAAAUCCAACUAUAGGUGAGUGAACUUAGGCGCACAAGCAUCCAAUCCAGCCUGGGGGAAAACAUGGCUUCAUACAUGUCAGGGCCCGUUGCGCUCCCAUGCUUGCGCGAGACAUGAAGGUCAGCCCCACCCACUAGUGCAUGCAAUUGACUGGCACCUGGCUGGGCUGCCCUCUCUGUGUGUUGGUCCAGGAUUUCGCGGCCGACAUUGCCUUCACGACCUUCCAGCUGGGGAUAUCCCUCAUCGAAGCUGCCGUGCUCGCAGGUAAGCCGCCAAGACGCAAACACGCAUUCAUGGAGGGCUGGAUGGAUGGUUACGUGAGGCUGACUGAAGGGGGGGUGUGCGUGUGUCAGGUUUUCUGAAGCUCAUCGUUAUAUGUUGGAGGAAGGACAGUGGCCAGCCGGGAGAGGCGACGUACCUGACAAGUAUGUCUGUGAGCCGAGAGCAGCCGAAUCGCCAUCCAUACACAAACUGGUAUUGUUCACUGUGUGCCUGUGUGGGUGUGUGCAGGCGCCUACUGA